UCAUUUUGUUUUGUUUACUGAUUUUGUUUAAUCCUAUUCUUGGAACAUUUGUAACAGCCGCUCUCAGUAUCGUUUGGUUUAGUUUCCAAGUUCUUGAAAUACAUAAUCUAUCUAUGUUCCUGGCGCAAUAGUUCCGCGAAACCCACCAUCUCCACAUUAAGAUGCUUUCCUUACGGCAGCUUGUGUGUUUUAUUCUGUCACUGCUGUCCUUCAUAUCCGUGUUUUAUUCCGUUGGAAAGCUAGGCGUGUUUUUGGCCACACCUGUCCAGCGUGAUUUUAAACAUGUUCUGCUCAACAAUUUGCUGGAUGACCGUUCCCUGCUAAAGGCGACGUUGUUUUCUCUAUUCUUCAACUCGAUAUGGAUUAUUUUAUUCGUGAUUCAACAUAGCGCGAUGAAAUCCGACACGGUCAAAGCCAUCUGGCGAAAGAUGGGCCUAGAAUUGGCCGAGAGGAGCAUCUACAAUAUUGCGUCUUCGUAUUGCUUGCUGAUUCUGCUGAAGAAUUGGAAAUCAAUGCAAUCCUAUCAGCUGUGGUACAUUGAAGUUCAGCAGAGCUCGACACUUUGGUGGACCUUUGUGUCUUUGCAUAUUAUAUCCUGGGUGAUUAUCUAUGGCGGAAGUUUGUUAAUGGAUCUGCCUGAGUUUAUCGGGUUGAAACAGAUUUACUACGAUAUCAACGAUCUUGCGCCACCGAUGAGUUAUAAAUCGCAGGAGCUACGCAACUUCUACGGGAGGAUGAGACAUCCUUCCUUCGUUGGUUUGUCCGUAGUUUUGUGGAUCACCAAUAGUAUGAGUGCGGAUCGUCUUCUGCUGGCGGUGAUUUGGACUACCUACAUGUACCUCUCGUGGAAUACAAAUAAGACAGAUUUGGAGUACCAGAAGUAUCAACUUUCCCGGAAACGAGUUGAAUUAGCUAAGGUCAAGGAAUAAGGUUGUAAGGUUUUCUGAUCCUAAAUCAGGUGCUUCUAGUAUUCAUAUUUAUUAACACGUGUGAGUUACAUACAAAUCCAUAACAGUGUUACUCAAAGCCAAAAAUACUUAACCGAUUUUCGACCAGCUGUCGAAAUUAUCAAAGGAUAGAUCAAUUUUUCAAACAGCUGGCCGGUAAUGAUUCAGUCAAUUGCUGUCAUGAUUUUUUUGUCUAGUAUUAUUCACGUUUGCCUAGAUUUCGAUUUACAACAUGUAUGACCGAACGCUGCGCUGAAGAAAUAAAAAUGAAAAAA